AUGGGUUCUCCUGACACCCUGAGCUACGAAAGUGACACAGCCAGCGAGGAACGAACACCGUCGCAACUCAAGAUCAAGAUUCAGGCCAAAUUUCAAAUCGCUCGACCACCUUCAAGGUCCAGUCAGCGGUUGCGACUUAGCCCCAAGCUGCUCCUUCAGAUCCAACAAGUAUCACGGGGUCACCGACCAAUCCCCGUACUGGAACUAUGGCAGCCACCACUUCGCAAAUCAAAAUUAACAAAGGGUUUCCCCCAGCGCCCUAAGCUUGGCAUGAAAGAUAUCUACGCCACCGUCAAUGAGCCAUAUAUCACGAAAAAUGAACGAUCACCGGAACAGGAAUCCCAAAAUUCAAUUAACGACCACAAUACCCAAGAGAAAGAUGUCGUGGCUGCGAUGUACCAGCCCCCACCCAGCGAUACUGCAGUAUCAAGCUCUACGAUUCACUUUCGCAACGCGCACUGUAUCUGGCAAGCCAUGAGCAGCACAGCAAGUCCCUCCGGGCAAAGCACGCCGUGUUACAAAUUUACCAUCAAAAACGAAGAAAACAUCAUCGGCGCCGGGCAAUCCAAGAUGUUCAUGCAGUGGGAAAAGCGGACACUGUCUGCUAAUUCAGAUGAGACAUCGGAGUCUCUGGGGACUGAAUAUUUCGUGCUCCUCGCCAUUGAUCGCGAGGCACGUCGCAAGAGUAGGAUUGCAACUAUGAAUCGGGAAGGAGUCGAAAUUUUUGUAAGAAAGAGCUCAAUAUUGGAGCAUUUGAGGACCUGUAUGGCAAUGACGAAUCCUGUUUCUGAUGGAAGUUACGCUGGGGACUCGGAUGUGAAUUUGGAAGUGUGGUUGUAUACGCAUGUUCUUACACUUGGUGUCUGGGUUGCUUCUCAGGAAGGGUGGCUGAAUUGA